CAGCCAGCUGCUCAAUGGCACAACAGGGGCCGGUCCUCAUCUUCGACAAUGGGGCGUACACGAUCAAAGCUGGGAUAUCAGGCGUCGACGAGGAGCCAAGAUUCUUCCCCAACUCGAUUGUGCGGUCGAGGGCAGACAAGCGUCUGUUCGUCUCGGAUGAUAUAGAAAACUGUCGCGAUCUGAGCGGCGCGGUCUUCCGCCGGCCGUUUGAGAGGGGUAUGCUCGUGUCGUGGGACGCCGAGAAGAUGAUUUGGGACCACAUCUUCAGCUCGAGCGCGAUGGAUGUAGGUGAACUCAUGCGCGUUCCAACUGACAUCCAGAUCAAGCCCCCAGAAACGUCGCUCCUCGUCACUGAGCCAUACUUUAAUCUGCCAAACAUCGCCGAGACGUACGACCAGAUGGUGUUCGAGGAGUGGGAGUUCUCGAGCUACUACCGGUGCACACCGGCUUCUCUUAUCCCAUAUGGCGGCUUGUUCAGCAACGAGGCCGACAUUCCACCAGAAUGUAUGAUCGUCGUCGAUGUCGGCUACUCGUUCACCCACAUUGUCCCAAUACGCGGAGCUGAUGUUCUCUGGGACCACGUGAAGAGGAUCGAUGUGGGAGGCAAGCUCCUCACCAAUCACCUCAAGCACCUCAUCUCGUUCCGCCAGUGGAACAUGCUGGACCAGACCUACGUCGUCAACUCUGUUCGCGAGGCUUGUAGCUACGUGUCAAUGGACUGGCGAGGAGACCUGGAGAAGUGCAAACGAUCUCCCCGCGCAAACCCCAUCGUGCAAGAAUACGUCCUGCCCGACUUCUCGGCCAAGUCUCUGUCAAGAACAGGGUACAUUCGGUCCGGGCCGAACGCAGUUGCGCCUCCAGAAGGCGCUGAGGAGGCCGAUGGAUCCGACAAACCCAAGCGCGCGACAGGCGACGAAGAGGAGCAGGUGCUGUGGAUGGAGAACGAGCGGUUUGCCGGCAACGAGCUCCUGUUCCACCCCUCUGACAUUGGCUUGAACCAAACUGGACUGCCAGAAACCAUUGCCUAUGUCAUCUCGACACUGCCACCCGACAUCCAGGGCAUGUUCUGGGCCAACAUUGGUAUCAUCGGCGGCUUGGGCAAUGUGGAGGCACUGGGCGAGCGGCUUGAGCGCGAUCUGAGAGCCCUGUGCCCAAUAGACUAUGAGUUGGGUAUUUAUGAGGUGUACGAACCAACCUCUGCGGCAUACCAAGCAGCUGUCGCUCUCACGUCAAACGAUGUGUACCUGUCGUCGUACGCGGUCACACGCGCCGAGUACCAAGAGCAUGGGUCGUCGAUAUGCCGGCGCAAGUUUGGCGGGCCAGCGUACAAUGUCGACCCUCCAGGCUUUACGCGCGAUGGAGGCGAGCCGGUCGACGAGCACGAGCAAGAGCUGCGAUACGCUCUUGGACUGGACAGUAUCAAGGGCAAGGGCAGCAAACGACGUAACGAGGAUCAAGAGGUUACGAGCGGCAAUUGGGGAGGCCGGCGACGACGCGCGCAAGAGGGUGCGGGGCUAUUGGGUGGCCGUGGUCGGUGA